AUGAGCCUUAGUGGUUCAUCAACUUCUUCCUCCACAACUCCCACUAAUGAUAUCCCAAUGGAAUCAGACGAUUCCAUUUCACGAAUUAGAGCGUCUUCGCGAAACUCUCCUGUCAAAUGGUCGUCAAAUUCAAAAACUCCAAAGGAAAAGCCAGAGGGUCCUAGCCCCAAGAGGAAGGUCCUUAAAAAGAAGAGGGCAUGUCAGAGUAAUUCUGACGACUCCUUCUCUUCAGUAAAAACCAAGAAAAUAGCAGAGAGGGCUGCUUCCCCCCAACAUGAAAAUUUCCCCCCGCUCCCCACUCCAGGCCCAUCUUCCUCAGGUCCAUCUUCCUCCGGUACCUCUGAGGAAGAUCCAAAAAUUCGUCCCAGCAGCCCUGCUAGACAGGCUCCUGCAGAAAUUACUCCCUCUGCUGCUCCUCAAACGCAGCAAGAAAAACCUACCCAAUAG